CCUAAAGUGCCGCUCACAUGACCAUUUUAUUUCUUCCGAGCGCAGCUGAGCUGAGGGGGCAUCAUCUCUGGAAUGACAGGAAAGCAGCAAUAAAAAGCGUCGUGACCUGAUACGUGUUGAAGCAUAUUUUAGCACAAGAGGAGUGAAGGACGUAAAUCAGGCUCUCCUCCUGCUGCCGUCCUGUUGUUGGCGUUCUUCUGGCUGAGUGCGCUGAGAUUCACUUUGGCAACUGACUGGAAACAUGAUACCUCACAUUGGCAAACAACCUCUCCCCGCCGGCCUAACAUUCAUCGUUGUGUUAGCGGCAACGUUGCAUCAGAGCUUCACUCAAGAGGUAGCAGCCACCACUGCUGCCCCCCAGUCCAGCACUGCUCUGGCCACCCCUGCAGCUCCUGGCAACCCAGAGAGGGGCAACUACAAUGUCACCAACUCCACUGGGACGGUUUGUCUUAUGGCUCGCAUGGGACUGCAGCUCAACGUCACUUUCCUCAACAACGAGAAUAAGACUGUCCAGGAGUUGAUGAAUCUGCAUCCCAACCAGACCAAGCACACUGGCUCCUGUGAAUCAGACACAGCCACCCUCAUCCUCAUGGAGGACGGGACCAACCUCACCUUCUCCUUUGCACUGAACACUACAUCGAAGAAAUAUCACCUGAACAGCUUGGCCCUAUCAGCAAUCUGGCCCGAUAUGGCUGAUUCAUUCCAUGCCUCCAACACCAGUCUGGACUAUCUGAGAGGCACUCUGGGCCGGUCCUAUAUGUGUCGGGAGGAGCAGAUCUUGAACGUGGAUGAGAAAUUCUCCCUCAACACCUACCAGCUGCAGGUACAACCUUUCGGUGUGAGAGCAGACCAGUUUGGUGAAGCUGAAGAGUGUGAGCUGGACGAGGACGACAUGCUGAUCCCCAUCAUCGUGGGCGCCGCGCUCUCUGGCCUGGUGCUCAUCGUGCUCAUGGCCUACCUGAUUGGCCGCAAGAGGAGUCAUGCAGGCUACCAGACCAUCUGAGCACCGCCCUCGUCUCCUCGUCUCAAAAAAAGCCAGGGAGCACAGCCAACCACCACCACCCGAUCCUCGCCCCACAACCUCACCUACACCUCCAUCCUCCACCCUCACCCGCUAGCCUUAGCUUCUUACUCCAUGUAUCCACAAAACCCCAGCUUCCUUUAUGCCCAUGGUACAGGCCCCCAGCUGCUUUUCUGAAACCCUGCCCCAAACCCAUAUUGCCCUGCCUUGAACCCGUGCCAAGGUUGGCCUUGCUCUUCCAGGACUUCCUGAUCCCGAUCUCUUGUAUAAAAAAAAAAAAAACACAAACAAACAGGAAUAUAAUAUGACAUGUAACAUGCUAUUAAGACAUGCUCUGAGCAGACUCAAAAGCUCAGGCUGUGUGCGCGUGUGCGCGUGCGUGUGUGUGUGUGUGUGUGUGUGUGUGGCCAACUUAACUCAUGCGCCUUUGUUCAGUUUGGGUCUUAGUCUGAAGAGUUUUAUAGAAGAAAUGCUUUAGGGAUUGUUUUAACUUUUUUUGCUGCUGUUGCUUGUCGUCUUUUUUGGUGUCUUGUUUCCAGGGUUUUCCCUCAUAUAUAGACAAUAAGGAUGUGUUCCAAGUACCAUAGAAGAAAAAGGAAACCAUUUUGACUGACAUGACUUUCGUAUCUCUGACGUCUGCUCCGUGCAGGUCCCUAGUGCACGUAGUCGCUCCCCCACCCCCUUCCUCUUGUACAUACUCGCAUAAUCCUUACACUAAAACUAAACCGGCCUCCGAAUGAGGCCCUUUACUGCUACAAUUGGCUUUGCACUGGCACUCAAGACUUAGACACCCAGAAAGCAGUUAAAUGGACAUUUGUCCAUCUCCUUGUCCACAGAUCCAACGGUUACAGAUUGGUAUUCAAAUGUCAUUAAGCUAAAAAAAAAAAAAAAAAAAAAAAUCAAGGCCUUGCCUUUCAGGGCAGGUCUGCCGUUUACUUUGACAGCAUCUAGUUGUGGUUACUUAAUUAAUUAACAUAUUUUGACUGGAGGGAAAUUCCACAGGAAGCCUUCAGUGCUCAUUAUGGGCACCAUGUGCAGUGCUUGGAAUCUGCAGAGGACGCAGGUGAUGGAGAGAUGGUGAUACGGUAUUUAAGUGGUGUUGUGCAUUAGAAUCACCAAAAGGGAGUUGACGUUACUUCACUGUGCAGGGUAUUAUCCAGUGUUUGUGAGACUGUUACAUACUAGUUAGGUGGAAGGGUGGGCUGACCGGAGUUGUGCGAGUGUGAGAUUGUUACCCUGUACAGGAUGUUUCACUGCACUGCUAAGCCAGGACUCAUCAGGUCAGUGUCGCUGGUUGGAUUCUCACUUUUUCCAUGCGCAAGCUCGUUAGCCUCAAGAGUGGGGUAUAGGUACGGGAGAUGCAGUUGAUCUUUCACUGAGGGUAUGGAUGACUGCCAGCCAUUACUAGUAAUUUAAUUGUUUUAAUAGUGAAUGUUUGGAUCACUUUUGAAAUGCUGUGAUAUUUCAAUAAAAAGGGACAAACGAGAA